CGCGGCUCCAAGUCAAGAGACUUUAUAAAUGAAUGAGCACUGCCUCUGUUCCUCGCACGCAAAAGUACAGCGUCAAGAAUGGAUGUACGACUUGACUCUCCCAGGUCGCCCAACUGGCAUUGGGCGGCCCACAGCGACGAACGCAGCGAGGACGGUCUGACUAAACACAAUGCUAUUGCACGUUUGAUGAUACCGUCCGAAGAAAGAGCCCAUCCUUGGGCAAAAGAUCAUCUCCAUGUCUCCAGUACACAGCAAGGACUACCCAUGGGACUACGAGGGACUGGGGUCUGGAACGUGCCUCUUCUCCGAUACUGGGAUUCUGAUUCCGGAAGCAUUCCUCAUCCCGACACCCGCCGCAUGCUCGCCAGAGAUUCUACUAUUCGACUGGAUACAUACGAGAUCCGCAAGGAAACUUUGCAAAGCCACCUUUAUCCUACGAUCAAGAAAGCAACGCCGUAUAUCUCGUUCUCGUCAUGUGCUGGCUUCGUCCACCUCGAUAUGAAGCGCAGAGAGAAAGAUGGCAAACACCAACGCUUGACUUUGAUCGAUCCGCAAACUCGUUUGCGUCUUCAAUUGCCGAUUCUGAAAUUUGUCGACGAGUUCAAGCAUUAUAAAUUAUACAACCCGUCUCGGGCAGAUGUCACGACAGGCCACUGGAUGUGUUUGUGGGAAGUUACGCCUGAAGAAGUGGUGUGGACUUGGAACUGGGAUGAGUUGAAAGAUAACCCAGAAUGGUACUGGGAUGUUGUUGAGCCUGCACUGCGAACGUUCCAGGCAACUGGUCGACGGCCCGGAGAGCCUGAAGUACAGUAGAUAGUACACGAACAAAAGCCGU